CAGAUUUCUGCUUGACAGAUUAACCAAAAGUAAGAGGGGCUAAUCUGUGUACAUUCUGAGGAUUGUUCUUGGCAAGACCCUUGUAACAGACCUUAGGCCCAAGUCUGCUGUGCUACCAUACCUCUGCCUCACCCCAGACGUUAUUCUGGGGUCCACCUGAGCUCAGCAGCGUGAAGAUGACCAGCACCUUCCUAGCAUGACGACUUUGGAACAUGUGAUUGCUACCCACCAGUCAGAGUGGGUCUCCUUCAAUGAAGAGCCACUCUUUGCUGCCCCUUCCGAGGGGGGUACCGAAGAGCACCUCCCAGGAUUGUCAUCUUCCUCAGACCAGUCUGAGAACUCCUCAGGGGAGAACCACAUGGUGGAUGGAGGCUCUCAGGACCUUUCCCACUCGGAGCAGGAUGACUCCUCUGAAAAGAUGGGCCUCAUCUCUGAAGCAGCCUCCCCACCUGGGAGCCCUGAGCAGUCCCCACCUGACCUGGCCUCGGCCAUCAGCAACUGGGUUCAAUUUGAAGAUGAGACACCCUGGGCUAGCACAUCACCACCUCAUAAAGAAACAGGUGAGACAGCCCUACCCUUGACCAUGCCCUGCUGGACGUGCCCUUCCUUCGACUCCCUAAGGCGAUGCCCUCUGACCUCUGAGAGCAGCUGGACCACCCAUUCUGAAGACACCAGCAGUCCUAGUUUUGGCCGCUCAUACACAGACCUGCAGCUCAUCAAUGCUGAGGAGCAGACGAGUGGCCAGGCUUCUGGGGCUGACUCAACUGACAAUUCUUCUUCGCUCCAGGAAGAUGAAGAGGUAGAGAUGGAGGCCAUCGGCUGGCAGGCCAGCAGUCCAGCCAUGAACGGGCACCCUGCCCCUCCGGUGACCUCUGCUCGUUUCCCCAGCUGGGUCACUUUUGAUGACAAUGAAGUCAGCUGCCCUUUGCCACCAGUCACCUCCCCUCUGAAGCCGAACACACCACCUGGUGCGUCUGUGAUCCCAGAUGCACCGUAUGACUCAACAGGGUCAUUUAAGAAGAGGGACCGUCCCAAGAGCACUUUGAUGAAUGUCUCCAAAGUUCAGAAGCUGGACAUUUCCUCCUUAAACCGUCCACCUUCUGUAACCGAGGCUCCUCCCUGGAGGGCAACCAACCCUUUCCUGAAUGAGACUCUGCAGGAUGUACAGCCCUCCCCUAUCAACCCUUUCAGUGCUUUCUUUGAGGAGCAGGAGAGGCGCUCCCAAAACAGUGCCAUUUCUAGUACCACAGGCAAAAGCCAAAGAGAUUCCCUCAUUGUCAUCUACCAGGAUGCCAUCAGUUUUGAUGACUCAAGCAAAAGCCAGUCACACUCUGAUGCUGUUGAAAAACUCAAACAACUCCAAAUUGAUGAUCCUGAUCACUUUGGCAGUGCGACGCUACCUGACGAUGACCCGGUAGCCUGGGUUGAACUAGAUGCUCACCCGCCUGGGUCAGCACCAUGCCAGCCCAGGGAUGGGUGGCCAAUGAUGCUGAGGAUCCCUGAGAAGAAAAACAUCAUGUCCUCCAGGCACUGGGGGCCGAUCUUCAUCAAACUGACAGACAGUGGCUACCUGCAGCUGUAUUAUGAGCAGGGCCUAGAAAAACCAUUCCGUGAGUUCAAGCUGGAGAUCUGCCAUGAGAUUUCAGAACCCCGGCUUCAGAACUAUGAUGAGAAUGGCAGGAUCCACAGCUUGCGGAUAGACCGUGUCACCUACAAGGAGAAGAAGAAAUACCAGCCCAAACCUGCUGUGGCCCACACAGCAGAGAGGGAACAAGUGAUCAAGCUGGGCACCACCAAUUACGAUGACUUCCUGAGCUUCAUCCAUGCAGUUCAGGACCAUCUCAUGGCUCUCCCAGUGUUGUCCAUGGACUUGAGUACAGUUGGCUUGAACUACCUUGAAGAGGAGAUCACAGUGGAUGUCAGAGAUGAAUUCUCUGGUAUUGUGAGAAAAGGAGACAACCAGAUUCUCCAGCACCACGUCUUGACGCGGAUCCACAUUCUGAGUUUCCUUUCAGGGCUCGCAGAGUGCCGCUUGGGCCUCAAUGACGUCCUCGUCAAAGGGAACGAAAUAGUUUCACGGCAGGACAUCAUGCCCACCACCACCACGAAGUGGAUCAAGCUCCAUGAGUGCCGCUUUCAUGGGUGUGUGGACGAGGAUGUGUUCAACAACUCACGGGUUAUUCUGUUCAACCCUUUGGACGCCUGUCGCUUUGAGCUAAUGCGGUUCAGGACAGUGUUUGCUGAGAAGACCUUGCCUUUCACGCUCAGGACGGCAGCCAGUAUCAACGGGGCGGAGGUGGAGGUGCAGAGCUGGCUGAGGAUGUCAACUGGCUUCUCCUCUAAUCGCGACCCCCUCACUCAGGUUCCCUGUGAGAAUGUGAUGGUCCGUUACCCUGUGCCCAGCGAGUGGGUGAAAAACUUCCGCAGGGAAAGUGUCCUGGGGGAAAAGUCUUUAAAAGCCAAAGUGAACCGGGGGGCGAGUUUUGGCUCCAGUAGUGUCUCUGGCUCUGAGCCUGUCAUGAGGGUCACGCUGGGAACGGCCAAGUACGAGCAUGCCUUCAACUCCAUUGUGUGGAGGAUAAACCGGCUGCCCGAUAAAAACUCAGCUUCUGGUCACCCCCACUGUUUCUUUUGCCACCUUGAACUUGGCUCUGACCGGGAAGUGCCUUCCAGAUUUGCCAAUCACGUGAAUGUCGAGUUCAGCAUGCCCACAACUUCUGCCUCCAAAGCCGCUGUCCGAUCCAUCUCCGUGGAAGACAAGACUGACGUCAGGAAGUGGGUCAAUUAUUCCGCACACUACAGCUACCAGGUAGCCUCGAGAGUGUCUGGCUGAUGCUUCCAAGUCAUUUGUUUGCCCCUCUUAUUCCUUUCAGCAGUGCUUACCAUGGUUGCAGGUAUUCUCUUCCCACCUUAGAGGAGGUUCACCAUGCCUGCGUGUGGAUGAGCCUGCUCCGAU